AUGCGGCCUCUCCUGCUCCUUGUCACGCUGCUGGCCGUGGGGGGCCGGCUGGCAGCCGCCAGGCUGCAGCCUGGGCGUGGCCUGUUGCCCACGAACGUGCAAGUGGCAGGGAGCAGCAGCUCUGGAGCCGCAGUGCAACGCAGGGGCCUCAUAGCCAACGGCAACGAUGCGCCGCCGGGGCGGUGGCCCUACAUGUGCGCGCUUGGCAGGGUGCGGCGCUCUGCCGACACUGUCGAUUUCGACUCUCAGCUGUGCGGCGCCACGCUCAUUCAGGCCAACGUGAUCCUCACAGCCGCUCACUGCGUGGCUGACGACUUUGGUUUCCCCAUGCCGGGCCUGGCAGCGCUGUGCAACACCACGCAGCUCGGGUGGUACCUGCUGCACCCCGACUCGCGGCAGGCGUUUGCCAGCGCCCAGUGGCAGACCAGCAGGCAGCUGCCCAGCCAGCCCAACGGCUUCACGGGCGGGGACCUGGCGCUGCUGCUGCUGGACGCCCCCGUGGAUGGCGUCCCGCUGGUGGCGGUGCCAACAGAGGGCGAGUGGGCAGGCAUCGGGGCGCCUGGCCUGGAGCUGCACACGGGGGGGUGGGGCGCCACCGCCGACGACAGCGACCCGGGCAACUACCCACGCAGCCUCCAGGAGGCAGCCCUCCCCCUGGUGUCCCCCGAAAAGUGCGCCUCAGACUACCGGGACGGGUCAGCGGGCUGGUUGUUUGGGGCCCCCGUCGACCUGGACCCCGCCCUCGCCAUCUGCGCUGGCUUCACGAUUGGCGCCAAGUCGCUGCCCUGCCAGGGCGACUCAGGCGGACCGCUGCUGUAUGCCCCAGACCCAGCAGACCCGACCUCCCACCGCCAGGUGGGGCUUGUGUCUGGCGGCGCCGGCGAGUGCGGCGGGCCCAGCCUGCCCGGCGUGUUCACCCGCACCGACAUCUACCAGCCCUGGAUCCAGGCAGCCCUGGAGGAGGUGGACCGCACCGGGAGCCUGCCACAGGUGCCCGGGCAGCAGCGGAUGCAGCAGCUGGCUCGGCUGGUGCUGCCUGCGGGCGACGGCGUUCCCGCAACAGAGGCGCCUGGAGACGGCGAGAAAGCGACCGCGCAGCCGUGA